CUGAAGCAUACUGAGCAUGUAUCUAUAAGGUGGAGAUGAAAAUGGAAUUAGAAGCUGAUACAGUUCCUGUUAUUGUUACAGAAGGGAAGUUUGCCCAGCAGUACAGGAAGUAUUUAGAGAAAAAAGGAUAUCUUGACAAGAAUUACCGUUUGCAUAGGCUGCCUGAUGGUUGCAUUGCUGUACCAGUCUUCGGAGAUGGUUUAUAUCCGUCACUUUUGCAAGAACUGACAGAUAAUUUGUCUUCAGGCCACCCCUGCUAUGUCACUCACAUUAAGAACCUUAUGCCAUCUAAGAAGUCAUGUGUGCAGUCACUCCGUCAGAAACUGGAGGAGGAACUGAAGUGCCUUGUGCAGGAGAAUGGAGGCAGCUGGAACAGCAGUCUGGGAGAAGAUCUGAAUCUGAAGUGGAAACGCCAUGGAGAUCUGAUAAUCCUCAGUGAGAAGGCCUUUCAGGCAGAUACUUGGAAGAAUUUAGGACCAGAAGUGUGGGAAAAGGUUGCCCAGUUGUUUGGAGCCAAGCGCAUUGCCAUAAUGGGUCGAGUGUCAGGGGAUGGAUUUCGCACUCCAUUUGCGACAUUGUUACUAGGAAAAGAUGGUUGGGUGCACCACACUGACAAUGGGAUUCGAUAUACUUUUGAUGUGACGAAAUGCAUGUUUUCAUUCGGUAACAUAACAGAGAAACUUCGCGUGUCUUCUUUAAACUGCAGUGGUGAGGUGGUGGUGGAUUUGUAUGCAGGAAUUGGUUAUUUCACCUUGCCAUACCUGCUGCAUGCCAGAGCAUCAUUUGUCCAUGCCUGUGAAUGGAAUCCCCAUGCUGUGGAAGCACUUAAAAGAAAUCUGGAGCUGAAUGGUGUGUCUGAUCACUGCUGGAUCCAUGAAGGCGACAACAGAAAGGUCUUAUUGUGUGAUGUUGCAGAUAGAGUAAAUUUGGGGCUUAUUCCAAGCUCUGAGGAAGGAUGGCCUAUUGCUUGUCAGGUCCUGCGGAGGGACUGUGGUGGAAUUCUUCACAUCCAUCAGAAUGUUACAUCAGAGUUUAGUAAGGACUUCACACUCCCAAGUUCUGAUUUAGGACAACAAGAGAACAAAGAUUCUUCCUUUACUCCUCAUCAAGAAGCUGUUACUGCCGGUGUGACCAUGGACACAAACUUGACUUGUACUGUAAAUUUAGAUAAAUUACAUUGCUCUAGGAAAAGUAAUAAAAUCCUACCAGCAUGGCAGCAGUGGGCUGAAAGUACUAAGUCACGGAUCAGCAGGCUACUGUUUGAACUGCAUGGUAUACAGUGGAGAACAAAUAUCCUUCACAUUGAACAUGUAAAAUCAUAUGCCCCUCAUAUAGAUCACAUUGUCCUGGAUCUGGAGUGUCGACCUGCAGAAGUAGAAUAAGCCAGAUCAGAUUGUCCUGGACCCGAAAUACCAACCUGCAAAACUACAGUAAAAACAGUCAUAUGUGGGUUUUGGGCAAUGCACAGCACCUUGUUACUGUAUUUCCUAACAUCCCUCACAAAGCAGAAACAAAGUAUAAAAACUAACCGAAACACAUGAAAUGCAGACACCAUUCUGUUAACCAACUGUUAUGUAAUAAUCGUUUUUCUUUUUUGUAAAAUGAAGUCCCUGACUGCCUUUUAUUUUCCAGGUUGUACCUCUGAAUAUAUGGCCUGAUGUAUUAUGGACAAACAGAGGACCUAGUUUGUUUCAUAGUAGAAAAGAAAGGGAGACAUGAUGUGAAUUCACUGAUAUUUUGUGGACAAAUAUGAAAGGUGAAGAUGAAGAGGAGGGCCAGAUAGAGAGAGCGAGAAGAGAACAUUGAUCAUGGCUGCGGAGGGAAAUGGUUUUAGACACACUUAAUACUGCUACACAGAAACACUAGUAAGACCUUUGCACUACAUAAAUGGUAGUGGUACAGUACAAGUCAUCAAACGGGUUUAGAGAUGUUUGGGAUAGAGAAAAGAAAGUACAGGGCAAAUGAAGAGCAGAGAUUGGCUACAACACUUGGACAGAUUCAAAAAGCCAAAGGUCUUACUUUUUUGCGUCUUUGUACAUUUAUAUGUAUUUUCUGGUAAAGGGUUAAAGCAUACCUAAUUUAAAGCAGCCCUGGCCCUGACUUUGGGUGUCGGGGUUAAAUAGAGCAUAGGAAACUGACAGGCAUGAGAGAGACAUGGCUUGAAAGUAGCUAGCAAGGAAAUGAUAAGUAGAGGAAUGGAAAAAUGUUUAUGCUGUCUGCAGUGGCAACUAAGCAGAAAUCUUUCCAUUGACUGCUUGGGUCUUGGGUUCUAAAGGGGUAAAGAUGAGAGAAGUCUGUCAGUAGGAAGAGAUAUUUAGUGUGGCAUACAGAAUAAAUUCUAGUUAUCCAGGUUUAUAAGUUGAAAUGUGGGAUGCAGCAUACUCUUUACAACUUUGAGAAGGCUGUGGCACAGACUUCUGUCCAUAAGACAACUCAAAAUAAACUUAAAGAAUAAUCAUAUGAAAACUGCCAAAAAGUGACUUGACUUGGCACUUGAAUUUCAAACCAAAGAUCUGGUAGUUAAGGACAUGGUGCUAUAGUUAGGAAAGAUUUCCACCCUUGUGUUUUUUUAAACAUUCACAAAUUUCAAGUACAAAAAAAAAAUUGACAGUAAAUUCAAGCAAAAAUUUAUAGGUGAAUAUAUCGUUACUCAGUGCAAAAGUGUCCGCAAUAGUGUGCGUGAUACUGAGGCCUUCCUGUGCCUGGAGGCAUUGACAUCUGUAUUCUAUAGCCAGCUCUAUGGCAUAGUGAAUUAAACCCUUGAGUGUUUGCUACUUAGGUUUGAUUAGUUGAACCUAGAAGCUUGUGGGUGUGGGGAGGAGUGAUGAGGCACUGUUUAAUGGGAUUGAAUGCCAGGUUCCAUGCUGCACAGUAAAAUUUGUGAUCAAAAAACAUCAUCACAUGCAAGCACUAGUUGCAUGGAAGACGCAUUCUUUAAAGGUAAUGCCACUCAGAGAAGUGGUCAUCAUCUUUUGCAGUGGCCCAUUAUUUGCUCCCCUUUGUAUGUCACUGAGCAUAAAGAAAACCUCUUAUUGCUGCAUGGAUGACAGAUGUCCUACAGCUGUACUUAAUAUAUAUAUAUAUAUAUAUA